CCCACUAUUAGGAGAUAAGGAAUAACGAAUGUCGAAAAUUGUUUCGUCCAGUGCUCAAUCUCCACUUUUAACAUUUUUCCAAAAGGCGGGUCGUCUGUCGUCCUUUUUGUGGUUUUUUUCCCAGACAUCCUUUCAAGGAAGCACAUUUCCAUCGUGUCUUCUCUCUCUCGACGGUGGACCAAAUCUAUGCAAGACAUUUGCUCGCCAUAUAUCACUGCCACCACCACCAUGCCCUACCACACUAUCAUAUUGCUUCAAAUUACACGACACAUCUCGCACUCCCUCCCUCUCCCUCCCCUUGAACUCCUCGAACCCCUUAGCCCAUUUUUUUUUGAUUGUUUGUUUACUUCAACUUUCCCACCGCAGGAGGCCCAUAGGGAGGUAGAAAAAAAUGUAACGCGACUCUCGUAUUGUAGCUUGUAUUUUUCCUUCUUUGUGCCCCCUUAUCUCAAUUAUACCCACGGUUAUUCACUCCCUCAACUCCUACACGGUUGUACUCGACACGUCGGAUGUUCGGAUCUCAAAGAAUGCACCCUCGGAAGCAAACAAGAUCCAAUCGAUCACCAGAGCGGGUCGAAGGGGGAGGCUACACAGGAUGAGGGACAGGUAAUUUUUCCUUGCUCAGCUUAUGAUAAACCAAAGACCACAUCUCUUUUUUUAUCAGCCGUCCAUGCGGACAAAAAAAAACCCAAUGUAUUGUUGUAACAAUAGUCUACUACGAUGUAUCUGAGCGUGCGUGGUAAAAAAGUCUUAGCCAGGAGACCGCAAGAUCAGACAGACGGGCAGAAUGACAUGACAGAUAUCAACGUCCGCUUGUACCGCGUUCUUGGUACAUACGAAACACUUUACGUUCCAGACAAACCGACACGAUACCAUAAUCGUGAUGAUGAUGAUGACGACGAAGAAGGGGUUUCGGCUGAUGACCGAUGUCCCAGGGUCUGCUGGUUGCUUUACCACGGUAUCCUGGAUUAAAGCGAGUGUGAGAAAAAAUAGUGCCACCAUAAGAAGGUUCAACG